GACGGAGGCUGAAGUUCAGUACACGUAAUCAGUGUAUCCUGCAACCGGAGCUGUUGGUUUCUGUGUGGCUGUGUGUGGGGUACGGAGAGCCCGGCUGACAGGAUGGCUCGGGAUGGGAUGAAGCACCGAGACGGGGCUCCGCGCCACGAAAUGAGCGGCUACAGCAUGCAGGAGGAGGAGAACGAGAGGCUGACUGAGAGCCUGAGGAUGAAAGCCAGCGCGUUAAAAUCUCUAUCCAUUGAUAUUGGAACCGAAGUUAAAUAUCACAAUAAAUUGCUAGGAGAAAUGGAUUCGGAUUUUGACUCUGCAGGUGGAAUUUUAGGGGCUACGAUGGGCAGACUGAAAGUUUUAUCAAGAGGCAGCCAGACUAAGCUUCUUUGCUACAUGAUGUUGUUUUCAUUAUUUGUUUUCUUUGUAAUUUACUGGUUUCUCAAACUCAGGUGAUAAGGCGUUGUGUUUAUUGGAUAAUGUGCCAUUCCCAUAUGGUUUGUUCUGUGUAGUAUGCCAGUCAGUGCCUGUACUUGGAGUCCGUUAUUUAAUUAGACAUCUAAUAUAUUUAAAUUGGGAAAUGUUGUUUGGCUCUGCCAGUGGGGAAAUUUGCUCUCUUUUUAUUAGAAUUGUAACCACUUACUAAAGGAAGCACCUGAGUGCCCCACUUUUUCCAAAUUGGAAUAAAUAUUAAGAUAACCUCUUCCACUUGCACAUUAGAGAACUUUCAAUCCAGGCACUGCAUCAAAAACCUGUAGGGUGUUGUUUCUUGGACAUUCUUAUGGAAAUGCCCUAGUUUUUUCCGGUGUCCAUUAUGUUCUACAAGUAAACAAAUAGUUAUAUCGAUGAGACAGUUUUACAUAAUAAUUUUGGAUUUUUAGAACUUUUCUAGUAAUUCUCAUUAACCGACUUACCUGAGAAUAUGAUUAAGGUUUGCAUACUAUAGCAUUUUAUAUAUUGAAGAAGCAAUGAUACGCAAGUUGAAGAUAUGCAUUUUGUUCCAGCCUGAUGUACCUUUGCAUUGCUAUUUGUGCACCAAAAAAACGUUCCUACAUGUUAAACUAUUUUUAUGCACAAAUCGGGCUCAUACGAAUCCUUUUAAAAUGCCAACUUUGUCUUUCAUUACUUAUGCUUAAUCGUUACAUCACCUAUGUUGCAGGAUUUUAUCAUGUCAUAAAUGCUACAUAUUUUUCUACUUGACAUGUUCAACAACAGGUGGAUAAACGUCAAUUGUAUAACAAAACAAAAAAGAUAUUACCAGAGGUCCACUAAAAGAACUUUUCAAAUGAGUUGCUUGAGAAUCUGUUUGAUGUUGAGUUGUGUCUGAGGUUAACGGAACAAAUAAACAGUUUUUUAUUUCCUGGCAAAA